CUUGACUAAAAGCCAUCAUUGUUUUAAUAAUUACUCAUAGUUAAAUACUGUCACUGUUCUUACAUUUUUUUAUUUGGUUUUAUAUUUCCAGGUCUUUCCAGAGGAGCUUUCCACCAGAGUUCAUCAGUAAUCACUGUAAGAAAAGGAAGUCAUGUUAUGCUGAAUUGCUCUAUAGAUAUUUCAGAACUUAACCAUUAUUCCUUAUAUUGGAAUAUUAACAAUACAAAAGGACAACAAAUAGAAACAUUUAAUGUCACUCCAACAAGUAAUCUUGCUAAGUUAUCACUGGUGAUUGAAAAAGCCCAAAUAGUUGACAAUGGAAUUUACAACUGUUCUAUCACAAAAACUUUACCACCUCCUUCAAAGAUUUUUUAUGGUCCUUUAAUCCAGCUCCUUGUUCAAGCUCCCCCAAAAAUGGUUGUAUAUCCUGCUUCAAGUGGUGAACAUGAAGUCACUGUAGUGUGCAGUCUGUUUGAAUUGUAUCCAGAAGAAAUAAGUGUAGCGUUGGAAACGACUUGUGAAAAAGUUCUAAAGCCAGUGAAAAACUCAACAAUUGUAAAAAAUGUAGAUGGGUCUGUUAAUGCUACCUAUGAGUUCUGGAUGAAUAUUACCAGCUGUUCCAAUCAUCCAUCAGUGACCUGUGAGGCUAAUCAUGUUACUGGUGUGGUCAAACAUACAACCAGUCUUACCACAUAUACUUGGAAAAAUUACCCUACGCCCACAAGCACAGAUGCUGCUGUCCAAGAUCUGCAACUAAUUUUGUACACAAUUGGCGGAGUCCUGAUGUCACUGCUUCUGUUUUUCUUCUUCUACAGAACUGGAAAGAAGUAUUGUCUGAGCAAAAGAGUGUGCUUCUCACUAAGACAGGAAGAUAUUAAUAAUUUAGGAGCUUCAGCAGAAUUUGCACCUUCAACAAGGAAAGAGGAUGACAGUUCAGAUGUUGUCUAUACAAUGCCAAUAUUCAACAAAGGAAAGAUAAGGCAAUCUAAAGUUAAUGAGUGUGAAACUGAAUAUAUUGCCUUAAGACGCCUGUGA